UAAUAAAAUAUAUAUUUAUAUAAUUAAAAAAACUGUUUGGUUGUCUGUGGUAGUUGCAAAGAAUGUGUUGCAAAGGAUGAUAAUUAUUUUAAGAUUUAGAGCACAAAAAGCUUAGUGAUUCCUUUUUGCUGUUAGGUUGGCACAUUGUGAGGUUUGUCUUUAAUGGAUGUUGUGGGUGUAGCUAAAUGAAAGUGAAAACAUUAUUGUAAUUUAUAGCCAAUUGGUGCUUAUAACUAUAAAAAAAAUUAUAGUAUUUAAAAUAAAUAAGAGUAUUUAUUUCAGUGUGUAAUUGCUGGCAGGAUCAUCGCCAUGAGAUUGACACAGGCUCGAAUCGUGUAUGGUUUCGAGGUGCAUAUUUCAGUAAACAAAACUACCUAGGGUAAAAGCAGUACAUACAGUAUAACUGAACAUAACCCUGGGACUGCAGCAUUGGCAGAAAAGGCAGUGUCAUGGACGGCCCACACAAUGACUCUGGCACUGAUUCAGACUUCUUUGCACAUAAAGAAAUUAGGAAUUCCCCACCAUGGUGUGCAUACGGUCAACCAGCAAAAUCUUAUAUAAGCAUGCAAACAGAUAAUGAAUCUAGAGACCUGUGGCCGAAUUUUAGCGAAGAUGAACUCAAAUAUUCCAGUGGUUCAAGAAAAAAAGAAAGGAGGACGACAGUGAAAGAAGAAAAGAAACAGGAGAGGAAAAAAAUGUCUGACAAAUUAACGCAGACAACAGAGAACAAACAACUAAUUGAACGAUCAUUAGAGGAGGUGAAUAAAAAGAAAGCUGAAACAGAAGAAAAGAUAGAACAACUUGAGAGAGAUUUAGGGAAGGUGAUUAAAGAGAAGACUAAACCAAAUGAGGAGACAACACAACUUGAGCGCGAGUUAGAGAAGGAGGUUAAAGAGAAGACUAAAAUGGAAAAGAAAAUCUCAUACCUCGAGGGACUGUUAAAGGAUUCAUAUAAUAGAAACAGAAAAUUGAAGAAAAACUUUCUUUCUUUCACUUUGCUAGCCUUUGUGCUGGUUGUGGUCCUACUGUGCAUUGGAUUAAACUUAGUUUUCAAAGGACAUGAGAUAAAUCAUGAGCUCAGACUGAUGUUGGUGGGGAACACUGGAGCAGGAAGGAGCGCAUCAGGAAACACAAUCAUGGGUGAAGAGGUCUUCAGAGUUGAACAGUCUCCUGCGUCUGUGACUGCAAGCUGUAUGAAGAGGAACAAAGUCCUGGAUGGAAGAAAUAUCACCAUAAUUGACACUCCUGGUGUCAUGAACACAUGGUUAAAAUCUGAUCAAAUGGCGCACCAUGCACAUGAAUGUAUCUCCAUGUCUUCUCCUGAUCCUCAUGUUUUCCUGCUAGUGAUCAGACUGGGAAGGUUCACGGUGGAGGAGAGCAAUGCUGUGAAGUGGAUUCAGGAGACCUUUGGAGAAGAAGCUCUGAAGUUCACCAUGAUUCUGUUCACUGGUGGAGAUCUGCUGGAAGGGAAACCUGUGGAGAAAUUUAUAAGUAAUAGUUUUGAUCUUCAGAAUCUUGUAGAUACCUGUGAAGGUAGAUAUCAUGUUUUUAACAACUAUGAACAAAGUAAGCGCACUCAAGUCACAGAGCUGUUUGAAAAGAUAAAUGCAAUGCUACACCAGAACAUGGGCUACUUCUACAUGAAAGAGGUUCAUCAGAAGAUGAAAGAGAAGAACAGGGCUGUGGUGGAAAAACUGAUCAGAAAUGAGGAAUUAAAACGAGAACAGCUGAAAGAAGAGAUGAAAGUUGAAGAGAGGAGGAAGAUGAAUGAGAUGGCAGUUAAACUGCAAGAUGAGCAGUAUGAGAAUAAACAUCUUAAGGCAAAGUUAGAACAUGCAUAUGGUAUAUUGUUCUGGUUUAAGGCCUUCACUGGCAUUCUCAUUCUAACACUGAUUGUGGUUUGGUUUAAGAAAUGAAAAAAUACAAAAUAUCCAGACCAAAGACACUUGUUGAUGUUGUUACACUUGAAGUUUUUAAUCUUUUAGAUUACUGAAAAGUAAUGCCUCCACAUUUUUGUGUUUUCAUGUUGUCUAUCCAUUAAGUCAUUUUAUGUUUUCAGUAGCAUGAUAUGGAAAAAUAAGUGGUUAAUGUUCGAAAUAUUUAUAAAGAAUUAUCAUCAUAACCAGCAGAUAAAUUCAAGGUCAAGGUCACAGCAAGGUCAAAUAUCUGAAAACCCUUCCUCCCUGUUUGUCAUACAGACAGAUAGGAUGUUAUUUCUUUUUUCAUGUUAGAUGUCACAACAAGGUCAAAAGUCGAAAAAAAAUGCAGGACAUCCUAAAAAUCCACAUUGAUAGGUUAAAUAAGAUGUAGGUUGUUUUGCAACCUAUUUUUCAUAUGCUUUAAAUGUUCUCCAGACAAUGUUUUAUGGAUUAGCCGGGGGAAGACCCUCAUAAAUACCCGAUUCAAUGAACUUGUGUGACAUCACAAACUUUAGCAUAUCAACACCAGUUAGACUCACAGAGCUCUCGGAUUCACAGCAGUCAAUCAGGUACUGAAUACAUAUUAGUUUUACACUUCUAAUAGAGUAUAUUGGUAGUUUUGAUUAUGGCUUGUUAUUUGCUGUUUACGUAUGGUACAUUUUGUAAAUAAAUUGUAAUUAUU